AUGCAAAAUUUUAAAGUCUGUUCAAAUACAUUUCAUAAAGGAUGUAAUACCGAUGAUUUCAUAACGUAUUGUAUGAGAAUCAAUAAACAAACGGGGAACGUUUCUCUAAUACAUGCUGGUGCAAAUUGUGUUUAUAAUCAUACAUCGUUAAAUUAUACAUUUGAUAAAACAGAACUGGAUCUAUCACGACUUGAAUACGUUCAGGUUAGAGCCGGUUCACAAACGGUUGCAAUCCAAAACAUUACAAUAACCGAUGAACCCAUCGAUGAACUUCACUCAUCAUUUGAUAAACAAUUUAACGCUUCAGUUUCAACAUCGGCUCAAAAUAGCAAUAUCACCACCGCUAACAAUGCAAAUAAAAGUCAGGAUACAACACCGAAAACGAGUUGGACAGACAAAAUUAAAGAUGGCAUUAAAGAGUUUUUUGCUUUCGGUAACAGCAACGAACAAGCAGAAGAAGCAGAACUGCUUACACCGUGCAGAGACUCAUUUUUACAUCAGUAUCCAGAAUCAAAUGAACAUAAUACAAAAUAUUCACAUCCAUGUCGAUUUUCGGAAUUAUGUCAUAAUAUCAGAGAUGAGCAACACGCUAUCCAAUUUACACAUAAAAAACAAUGUAUUUAUUUGUUUAUAUUAUAUUUGUUUAUAUAA